UGGUUAUAGGUCAGCGUAACCCUAGAUUCCAAGUAGGUUCGAUCUAUCAGCGAAAUGAUUGAACUCGAUCGUUUGGCAGUCCGAGCUCGUUGUAUUUAGAAUUCGGUCCUCCUACUCCAUUUUUCCUAUAACCACGACUUGCUCAUCACGACAGCGACAAAUUAAACCAUCUUUAGAAUUCAACCUACCUUCGUAGCAAUGCAUUUCUCUUCACCUCUUCUUGUACUCUAUGCCCUUUGUUCAGCUUUUGUCCACUCCGCCCCAAUCAUUGCUAGUGGUGGUAUGCUGAAUGCUUAUUUAAAACGGGAUGACUUGUCGGAAUCACUGACAAAAAGAAUAAUUGGACUUGUUGAACCAAGGCAUGCGUUUGCAGAGCCAGAGGCCCUACCCACGCAACGUGGCCAGAAUAAACGCAGCCCACUUCCGCUUCCAACUCAACGUGGCCAGAACAAGCGAGAGGCAGAAGCGGAGGCAGAUCCCACCCAGCGUGGUCAGAAUAAGCGUGAAGCUGAAGCCGAACCAACACAGCGUGGACAAAACAAGCGAGAGGCAGAAGCUGAGGCAGAUCCCACCCAGCGUGGUCAGAACAAGCGUGAAGCUGAAGCUGAACCAACACAGCGUGGACAAAACAAACGCGAAGCAAAUCCCACCCAGCGAGGCCAGAACAAGCGCGAAGCAGAGCCUACAGAACGAGGUCAAAAUCGUCGAUGGACGGCCCCAACGCGAAGAGGGCAAAACUAAAUUAUAGAACUGCCAUGCUCUCAAGGAUCGCAUGUCAUUCGCGCUGGCUGCGAAUUUCGCUUCUCUUGAUUGUGUUUUUUAAUUGAUAUUACAUGUAAGAAUAAAGUGAACGUGGCACAA